UCAGUAUGAGUUCGACAUUCGAGAAAGUUGGUGUCUGCGGCUUCUGCUCCUGCUUGCGCGUUACUUUUUGACAUUGAUAUAAAAGUUUUUUUUUUCUUUCUUUUCAAAACAACUAGUUAUGAAGCACUUAAAUAAGCAAAUACUUGGUAAAACAAAAACCAGAUAUACAAUGAUGAGUGCAAAGCAAAUUAUCGCUCCGCAAUAUUCAUGACCCAUUUUACAAACGAUCACUAUUUGAAUCUGCUGUGUGGAGUGGGUACCAAAAUGUACCAUAUCAUCUACAACAAAUACAAUGCUUAAUGUGUUCUAAUUUCCUACACACAAAACACGGAACAGACUGUGACAGAGUUCAUCCUGUUAUCAUCAACAGCAUCGCCUGCCCCAACAGAACAACCACCACCAGCAUCACCGCUUGCAGCACAACCAGCAGCAGCAGAAGGCACAGCAGGUGCAGCAGCAUGCGGAGCGAGGCGCCUCCCUGCAGCAAGGUGCCCACCGUGGACGUGGGUGACCUAGGCGCACACCACGCGGAGGAGCCCUGCCAGCAGGAGUGGGAACGCGUGACGCGCGAGCUGGAGCAGGCCUUCAGCGAUAUAGGAUGUGCCUACCUCACCGGCCAUGGCGUGCCUGACCACCUGAUCAAUGAAAUGCUGUCCACUGGUGUUGCUUUCUUCAAACAGCAAGAAGAGGUUAAGAUUCGUUGGGCUAAAGAUACGAAUAUACAUGGAUACAUCAAGAUGAACUCCGAAAGGUUUGCUGGAGCAGGUCCUGAGCUGCAUGAAGGCUUCGUCUUCAAUCCAGCCUGUUACGGCCCGUAUAAUGAGGAAGUACCGCUGUUUAUGACGCUUUUAGUGCCUCUGCAUGAGUUUUGUCUCACCCUCUCUCGGAGGCUGAUGACCUGCUUCGCCCUCAGUGUGGGAAAGAAUCGAGAUUACUUCGUGAACAUGCACCAGGACAGCGGUACCAAGAACAGCCUCAGCUCUUACCGUCUCAACUAUUACCCACUGGCCUCUGGUGAUCAAGAGGACGUGGUUGGAUUCGGUGCUCACACUGAUUACACUACUAUAACCCUUCUUUUCAGCAACGACUCGAAAGGCUUGCAGGUUCAUGACUCAGCUGGGCAGUGGGUGGACGUGCCCUACGUUCCCGGCACCAUACUGUUACUGGCGGGGGAGUUCCUCCACUUCCACUCCUACAAGAGGUUCAAAGCACCGAUGCAUCGCGUCGUUGUGCCCAGUGAAUACCAGCCCGGGCGACUACAUCGUGUCACGUUUGGCUUUUUCGAUCAUCCUGACUCGCACCAGCCAAUGUGGCCUCCCAGUGAAGACCCUACCAGCCCUGCUCCGCCGAAUGCCAAAGACUACUUUGUGGCAAAGAUGCAUAAAGCGGUUGAACUAGUGUCCAAGAAAUGAGAGACAAGGUGUUGGAACAAGCAUACUGUUUGGCGUUAAUCAUUUUUUUUUUUUAGUUUUUUUUUUUCUUAUGUUUCAGGCAAAAGGAUAAAAAUAAGCCCCUAUAGUGUUAGAGAUUAUUUUGUUGUUGAGGAAGUGUUUGGGAAAAAAGCUUGGGGUCAGAUUCCUUAAGUAUAUCUCCAUUAACACAAUCAGUCGUAGUGUAUUUCAAAUGUCAGAUGAUAUGAACGACCAAAUUGAGUAGUGGAUCGCUUUAAAUGUACAAGUUUUUUUGCAGGUAUAUGAGCGUAACGACAUGGCUUGAAAAUGCCCGACCCGACCUGACCCGAGUUGGACAGACCUGCUUUUAAAUCUAGAUAAUGAAGUGAUCCUUCCUUGUAGACUCCGUGUUCCCUUUAUAUUUUGAAAUCUACUUUUCCAGAAUCAGGUACUUGUAGUAAGUUCUGGGUAACGUUUGUCAUUCAUUUCAUGUUAAGCUGUACAACAGUGAACAUUACACGUCAUUAAUACUAUUUGACUCAACGGUGAUUGAAAACUCAAGAAUGUUUGUGAAAGCCCUGUAAAACCAAUAUAGAUUAUGACGAAUGUAAAUGAAAAAAAUCGAAAAAAAAGAAA